AUGGAUGAAAUUAUGGAGCAGUUAGAUCUAGUAGCAUUUGAUGUGAGAUUCAUCGCGAUUCAUGGGGCUCACUUGAUCAAGACGAGGCUCCAUGGGAAGAAAGUCCUCAUUGUUCUUGAUGACAUUGACAACCGAGAUCAAAUCAUGAGACUUGUUGGUAAGCCAAACUGGUAUAGUGAGGAGAUGAAUUGGGAUGAUGCUCUUCAACUUUUUUGUGAGCGUGCCUUGGGAUGUGCCAAGCCUCCGGCUGAUUACAUCGAUAUUUCAGAAAAGGUAAUCAAUGCACUUGGAAGACUUCCAUUGGCUCUUGAUGUUGUAGGUUCCACACUCCGUGGAAAAUGCCAAAGGACAUGGAAAAAUGUUCUAUCUAAGUUAAAGAAGGUGAUGAACGAGGAUGUCAAGAAGAAGUUGAUGAUAAGCUAUGAAGCAUUGGACCCUAAUCAGCAACAAAUAUAUCUUGAUAUUGCAUGUUUCUUCAUUAAUCGGGAGAAAACAACUGCAAUUAAAUAUUGGGAUGCGGUUUUUGGGUAUCCCACCGAAAUCGAAGUCAAUAUCCUCACACGUAUGUCUCUGAUAAAGAUCAUAGACUACGAUGAAUUGUGGAUGCAUGACCAACUUAGAGACCUCGGGCGAGAUAUUGUCCACCGGGAAAGUUGCAACAUACGUUUAAGGGGUAGUAGACUAUGGUUACCCAAGGAUGCCUUCCAUUUGGUGCAAAGAAAAAAGGGAACUAAGAACAUAGUGGCACUUAAUCUCGGUACACCUGAACCGGAUACAACGUAUAGAUUUAAACACAAGGAAUUUGCAAGGAUGGUCAAUCUUAGAUUCCUUCAAUUGGACCAUGGAAACUUCCAAGGAGACUUUAAGGAUCAUUUCUCCGAGUUAAGAUGGCUCUCUUGGCGCAAUUGCCCAUCGAAAUUCCUUGCUGCCAACUUUGGGUUGGAGAACCUAGCAGUUCUUGAGCUUUCUGGGAUUAAUAUUACUAAAGACUGGGGAGGAUGGCGUCAAAUCAUGGUAUGA